AUGGCUAAGAAAGUUGACAAACCCAUAAGAGAUCACAUUAUUGGGAGAGAAGAGAUUCGAACCAUUUUGUUACGACAGUUGCGCAAAACUAGUAGGUGUCGUGAUAUUUUACGAAUGGGCCCACAUGCCUUUUUAGAGUUAUGUGCAAAAUUAAGGGCAACUGGUCAUGUGAAGGAUACUAUACAUGUCACAAUUAAGGAAACCAUUUCAUUCUUCUUCCACCGGUCUGGAGAGACAAUCAGUCGUAAUUUUCAUGCUGUUCUAAGAGCUGUAAUCUCACUUGAAGAAGAGUUUCUUCAGCAACCUUCCGAAACAACCAUUCCAUCAGAGAUUCUUCGAAGCAAUAGAUUUUAUCCAUAUUUUAAGGACUGUAUUGGAGCCAUUGAUGGAACACAUGUCAGAGUCAAGGUUCCAAUAGCUGAUCAACCUAGAUUUCGUGGAAGAAAAGAAUGGCCAACUCAAAAUGUACUUGCUGCGUGCAAAUUUUAUCUUGGGGAUGCUGGAUUCAUGCUUAAACAUGCUCUAAUAACUCCAUAUCGAGGCGUAAGAUACCAUUUAAAGGAGUUUGCUGGACGUGAACCUGAAAAUGCAUAUGAAUUAUUUAACCUUCGUCAUUCUUCGUUACGAAAUGUGAUCGAAAGAUCCUUUGGAGUUUUGAAAAAAAGAUUUGCAAUUAUAGCAGGUGGUACAGAACCUUAUUAUGACGUAGAGGUUAUGGUUGACAUUGUCCUAGCAUGCAUUAUACUCCACAACUUUUUAAUGGGUGUAGAUCCUAACCAAUACUUAAUUUCUCAAGUGGAUCGAGAAUUACAAAAUAAUAAUCCAGAAGCCACUAAUGAAGAAAGAGAAGAAGUAAAUGAAGAUUACCGGCGAGGUGCAGCGCUUAGGGAUAACAUGGCGGCUCAAAUGUGGGCUGACUAUCAAAUUGAAAGAUGA